AUGGCGAAUCCACAUGAACCUCAUUUCUUUAAGCCUCUGCUUCCUGGUUUCCAGAGUGGCGUCACAAUACCACUUGCCUUCUUCUCAAAGCACAUAGAAGGGAAGACGAACCAGAAAACAUGGAAACUAAGAUCGGACGCUUCAGAUCAAACUUGGGAAGUGAUACAAGAAGGCAGGACACUCACCGGAGGUUGGAAAGAUUUCACCACAACACAUGACCUUCAAAUCGGUGACCUUGUCAUCUUCAAACACGAAGGAGACAUGGUGUUUCAUGUCACUCCUUUUGGUCCUAGCUGUUGUGAGAUUCAGUAUACACAUCCUCACAUCAUCAAGGAAGAAGCCGAUGCGGGUGAUGCUGAUGACAAUGAGAUUAGUAAGUCUCAAUCAAAGUUCAUCGUUUUGGUCCUACCUGUUGAGGAACAGGGGCAACGUCUUCUUUGUCAUUCGACUACUUUUUUGGCUGAGGUCACUGCUUCAAAACUAAAAGCAGACAAACUUUAUCUUCCUAAGCGAGCUACGAGUUCUACUGUUUUGAACAAGCAAUGCCAAGAGAUGAUACUAGUGAACAAAGAAGGAAAUUCAUGGACUGCAAGUGACAUUGCUUCUGGCUCACGGGUGAAUUAG